GACUGUCAAACGCUUACAAAUAAUACCAAAGUGCCUGAGCGGUUAAAUGACUAUUCAAACAAAUAUAAUAAUUGUAGGAUUAGGCCGGCGCUGCUCAAACCGGCUUCAUAAAGGGCAGCUAGUUCAGGGUGAUAACAUUGAAAGGCUUGAGAUCUUCCGCAGCGAUUGGUUCGUUUAGCGUAUAUAAUCUUCGGUAUUACAUUACAAGUUACCAAAGGGUUGAGCGCCACCCAACUUCUUUAAAUAUUUUAGUAUCCCUGUAUAAAACUGGGAAAUAACAGUGCAAUCGAAUUAACGAAAGAAAUACUGGUUUAUUCCAAUUAAUGUCAAGAAAAAUUAUCUCCAAAAUUGAAUAACUUGCCCCACAAAUAAAAAAAAUAAUGCCAGAUAUUCAAAAAUUAUCAAUUUAAAUUGAUUCAAAACUCUUAACCCCAGCCUUUCCAAACAAGAGUGAAUACCGUGGCACAUAAAUAUUACGAAAGCAAUGUCUAACGUUUGACACUAAUCAGGUAACUUGAAUACUAAAAACGUAAUUAACACUCAAUAAGAAUUAAUAUUUCGAUUCACGUUAACAAAACAAAAGCAAAAUUUUAAUCGACAACGAAUCGUCUGUGCAAAUCCGUGAUUAUAAAAGCAUAAACGUAACUUUAAUUCAAGGAAACUACUUUACGAAGCACAAAUGAUGAAAUUUCUACACAACAAUAAUGAUCUAAAUAAUUAAAAAUGUAAAUAAACCCGCAGUAACAAAUUCUUCGUAAUGACACAAGUAACGGAAAUAAAAAUCGUAGAUAUCGGUUUCGGAAAUCGAAUCUGUUCUGUACAGGAAAUAGUUUUAGUGAGCACGCAGAAGAAAAUAUUAACCACGGAAACUUCUAGACGAUCUCUGGCGGGAAAAUAAAAAACUAGUGUAAUAACAACCUCUACCACAGAACUAACUUACAUCUAACCUAAACAAUGCCGCUAGUGUUAUGGGCACUUUCCCUUCUACAAUAUCUUUAGAUGAAAUUUUCUUCCUCUCUUAAAUCUUGAAACCUUUUUUAUUAAAUUACAUGUAAGAUAUUAUAAGAAAAUAUUGAAUAUUGAAUAUAAAUUUGGAAUUUAAAUCAAACACGUUACAAAACCCCAUUGAAUAUUUGAGAAAAACCAUAGAGGAGGAUAAUGGAAGGUAUGACCGGUGAGUGAAAUUCUAAAUGGACCAACGAAGCUAAAGGGAAAGUAUGGGAGUCGGUGAAAUUAAACAAAUCCGAGUCGAAAUACAGUAACGGAUAUACAUCAAGGAAAAAAGGCGACACAACCCUUGUGUAGGAGGAAGAUAAAAAAAAACAUGAAUGGGUGAUUUUGAUAGGGGAAACGAAUAAUUUACAAAAGAGGAAGAGAAAGCUUGGGUGGGAGAUGCGAACAAUAGUUUAAAAGAGGAAGGUUACAGUCAGAUUCAGAAGCAAUUGCAGAUUUUAAAUUACAUCAAGGAUUAUUGAGGCAACUAUAAUAACUCGAAAGUGUUAAGGAAGAGGAUCAGAUGGUUUAAUUAGCGGAAUCAAGAAGUACAGGUAACGAAUUAGAGAUCUCACCCAAAAUCUAAUAUCAAUUUAACUUGGGGUAAGAUUCUUCACCAGUAAGAUCCCUUAACUUUCAUAGAUUCUUUGAACAAUUCCUGGAAUCAUUGGGGUUUAUCUGAUGCCACUCCUCGGAUUCUUUCUUAUCUUUAGAUUUACGGGUCUUUUUUGAAAUCUAUCGUCUUCAAAUUUUAGGUCCAUUUCUCCAGGUUUUUCAGAGUCGUCGGAUUCUCCUCAUUCUUCCAAAUUAUUUGAAUUCGUAAGAUUCUUCAGAUUCAUGGCAUUCUGCAGACCUGGGGGUUCUUUGAUUUCUUUAGAUUAAGAAUACCCACUAACAGUAUCAGAUUAUUUGAAUUCUUACGAUCCUUCGGUUUUUUCCUAUUACUUGGAUUCAUUUUCUCUGGACUUUCUUCGGAUAAGUAGGUACCAGAAAUGUCUCAUAUUUCCAUUCAUUAGGUUCCUCAAUAGUUUUUCGUCUCGAAAUAAUUCUGGUUCUCCCGAUUCUACGUACCCGCUCCGUUUUUCGUCCAUUCCUUCAAAUUCUUUAGGUUAAACUUUUACGAUCCUUCAGUUUCUUCGUUCUUACGAAUUGUUUUUGAUAAUCAUUUUAAGUUCUUCGGAUGCUACGGAUGCUUGAUUUUUCAGAUAUAACCAAAUUCAUCGUACUCGUCUGGCAAAAGAUAUAAUGUUUUCCGCCGUUUUUUUUCUUUGCAAUUACCGCGGUAUAGCAGCACUUUGAAUGGUAACACACGUGGAAACAAUUGCUUGACGCUUGUUUAUCCUGAAAAUGCCAAAAAGUUUAAACAAUUUCAGUGGGAGUAUGGGAAUGCUAUAAGGAUUGCCAAAAGGUGAUGUCAUGAUAAAUAUAUUGUAAACUCUCACAACCCCCAAAAGCCCAUGUGGGACACACGAAGAAGUUUUACGCGUUUUUAGUCUAUAUCACCGAUAAUUUGCACAAAACGGAAAUAGGAAAGAUAAAACUCUGUACUUUAUUUCCUUGGAAUGUCUCUCAGGUUGAUACCAAAGCCUUACUGGGUAGGAUUUCAGGAUAUCACUUGAUGACGCCUGGGAUGGGUUCGAUGGUACUGCACCGCUGAUUCCUGUAGAUGGUUCAAUCUUCAUACUGAUAAAUCCAAAGCUUCAUACAUAUAGAAAGCGCAAGCAAAGGGAAACAAACUCUCUGCCACUUUAUACAAUACGCUGUAACUUUUUGGUGACCAUUACCGAAUGGAAAGUUGUCAGGUGCCCAUAUUUGCCGUUUGCUUAAUUCCGUAGUACUUUUUUAUGCUUUCACAAUCAUUAUUAUAAUGCAGAUGACCUCAAAUUAUUACCACUUUAUUUGUUUAGUUUGGCACUCAACUUCACUUACCAAUUGCUUCUCAAAUAAAGAACCCGUCGCGUAAAACAAAUCCAUAUCGCUAAAUUAAACAUUUGAAAUUCAUACAUCAAGCGAUGAACGUCUCUCUUUUUUGCAUUGCACUCGCCCUGGUUUAAGCCACAUCUUAUCUCACAUUCCAGGAUAAAAAUAACUGUCCGUACUUCGACCUAAGACCACAUACCACAUGAUACAUUAGCACGUUAACAAUACAAUAUGAAUUUUGUUACAUAUACACAAAUUUUCCUCCAAACCAUAAGUAGAAAGCAAUUACUUUAAACUGAAAAAACGCAAACGCACCGGAACUACUUGUGGCUGUUGAAAUCACCAAUAAACCACAAUAAUAUAUUAAAACUUCGACCGCGUUUCGACAGCAAGACUGUCAUCAUCAGCGAACAACUCAACAAUAAAAUACCAAUUACAAGUGAAAGUUCUGAUUGGAAGGACCUCCUUCGGGACCCGAUAGGCAUGAUAAUCACAUAUUGCACAACGGCGAUUCAGUUCGCAUGUUCACAAUAAAUAAUAGCCUAACACCACAAAUGAUAACAACGCUUAUCUUUCGAACAUACGAAUACAAAGUUCAGAAAAGUGUUUUAUUAAUGAUUUGCGACAUGGCUAAAACGAGCUCGUUUAAUUACGCAGUGAUGCGGGCAUUCCUCUUUGGGGAGGAUACCAUAAAACAUCAGGGGUUGUUGCUUGACGAAGUAAGGAAGCAUCCAGUGUUCUUCCUAUCGCCAGGCGAAACAUUAGCUCGGGACGAAUUGCAUCGCCGAUCCGUACAAAAGGCUUUCAAAUAUAUGGACUUUAGAAAGACGAUCACAAACGAGCAGAAUUUCAAUGCGUCUCGAGAGGCACGGAUGAGAUUUAGUGACCACGCGGGCAAGGAUGCAGGUGUCCAAGAAGAAAUCUUUAAUUCAAUGUUUGGAAGUGCGAUUGCUAGUAUGGGAACGGAAAGGCAUAUCAAGUUUUUAGAAGAACAGGCAGUUGGAAAGACGGUGGGUGCAUUUUGUUUAACGGAGAUCGCGCACGGAAGCAACACUAAGAUGGUGCAAACGCAGGCCGUGUACGAUAAAGUAAAUCGGGAGUAUGUUUUGAAAACACCCAACUUUGAGGCGGCCAAGUGUUGGGCAGCAAAUCUUGGCAAAUUCGCGACGCACGUAAUACUUUACGCCCAGCUUAUUAUACCUGGUGAAGGUGUUUAUGGCUUACAUGGGUUCGUUGUGCCAAUAAGGGAUGGACGUACACUUCUACCAUAUCCAGGAAUAACCAUAGCAGAGAUGGGAGAGAAGACUGGUCUGCAAGGAAUUGAUAAUGGUAUCAUGAUGUUUAAUAACUAUCGUAUCCCAAAGGAGAACCUACUGAACCGUGUGGGUGAUGUUAAUGACGAGGGGAAGUACGUCCGUCAGAUUGCUAACUUACGUAAACAGAAUACAACCUCACUGGGAGUUCUGUCGAAUGGUCGAAUUGGCAUUACGUUGACUUGUGUUGUUAACCUUUCACAGAGUCUGGUAUUCGCUUUGAGGUACCUGGAAAAUGAGCCCAAAAUUCCAACUUCCGUGAACUAUGACUUGAUGCCCUACUUGGCAGUGGUUUACGUUUCCAAUAUUUUUGCUCGAACUCUUUUCCAUUACCAACUCAAAUUUAUGACUAUGGCCCAAAAAGGUGAAGGUGACUUAGCUGCUAUGGGAAUGGAAAUGCAUGCAGUGUCGUCUGCGUCUAAACCGGUUUUUAGUUGGGUUGCGCGGGAUGGUAUACAAAAAGCCAUAGAAGCUUGCCGCUCGCUUGGCUUUCACAGAGCGACAGAGCUUGACAAGCUUAGAGGACGACACGACGCAAAUUGCACUUACGAGGGCGACAACAAUGUUUUAAUACAGCAAACAGCCAACUGGCUUCUGAAGUUGUGGUCCUUAAUGUUAAAAGGGCAAGUGCCCAAAUGUUCAUUGGCAGCAAUCUCAUUUUUAGACAGAAACAUAUUGGAAUCAAAGUUUAACAGCACGACCAUUCAAGAGUUUACAAAUGUUAACAACUUACAACAGGUGUACAGGUGGUUGGUUGCUUACUUGUUGAAAAAAACUCACGACAGGCAACAGCGCCUUUUGAAAGGUGACAAUUUGGGAAGCUUUUGGGCAAAGAACGAGAACCAGAUCUAUCAUUGCAAGAGCUUGGCAUUCGCGUUUAUCGAGAAUUGCGCCAUACAAACGAUGGACACAAAAGUGCAAGAAGUACACGAUGAGCGAACUCGGAACGUUUUGAAUAAGCUACUCUCGUUAUACGCAGUUUGGAACUUGCACAAAUACGUACAUUUGUUUUACGAAGGCCGAUACGCCAAUGGUCCAACAUUUGGCCAAUACGUGGAGGACUCCACGUUGAUGCUCUGCAAAGAAUUGCAAAGUGAUCAAAGUGCGUUGGUGAAUGUCAUCGCUUUACCAGACGUAUUGGAACUCUCCAUUUUGGGCCAUCCCGAAGGACAGAUAUACGAUCGUAUGGAAUCCGCCCUUCUUCAGUAUGCCUGUGUAUUUUCGGAACCGAAUUGGGGGAUGGAAAUAUCAUCUUAUAGAAGCAGUUUAAAGUCAAAGCUUUGACGAAACGGAGAAGUAUUGCGUCUCUGCCCUGAAAUAAGUAAUUAAGAAAAAUUUAUUCGGUGGGAUGUACCUGUGCUCAUUAUUUGUUUAUUAGUUGGUAAACUUGUACUGUCUUG